CCUCCCCACGUGAUGUUCCUACGUCACAGCCAGCUCUUCCGUCGUGUGCCCCUGUUGUGUUUGUCCUGUCUGCCCAGGAGGCUCUCGGGAUCCCGGAGGACCCAGUGGGAGAGGAGCCCAUGUAAAGGCAACGAUGGCCCGCAAUGAGGAGAAACAACUGGGGAAAUUGAACCGCCUGUGGCUGCAGAAAGAGAAGGAGGAGGGUCGUCUAAGAGAGAUCCAUCAAAAUCGACCCAAACUGUCUUCGCUGAAUUCUGCCAUUGAUGUGAAAAAAUGGAUUCCAAGUAUCAAGUCUGAAAUUGAGUAUUACCUGCAGCAAUCACAACUGUCCCAUUACUCGGAACGAAAAAUCAAGGAAUUCCAGAACCACAUUGAAGAGCUUCAGAAGGAGUAUCGGUGUUACUUGUGGAAACUACGUCAUUUAGAUCCUUCCCAUAAGGAGCAUCCUUGGAAACCCCGUGCUUACACCCGCAAAAGAACACCCAGCAUCAACCAACAAGCUACUUUGCACAGUUUGAAACGACCAUGCAUGCCUCAAUCAAAUGAAGCAGAAGUUAUGACUCGUAAAUAUGACAUUGAGGAAUCUGAUGAAGUAAGUGAAAAGAGCCACCUUGGCCCACGUACUCCAGAUGGCAUUAUCUAUGACUGUUCUGCAGUUAACCCUGAUUUUCAGGAUCAACCACUAACUUUUAACUCCGAUCGGUUUCCACCAAGAUUUUCCAUGCACUUAACUCCAAAAAGCACAUUGGGAGAGCCCUCACACCACAUGACUGAAAUUCUUCUGUCUCGGCUACCAAAUUUACAAGCCACCUCUUCCUGUGGUACCACAGCAGAGUUGAACAGAGAGGAAGAACAAAUACAGACCAGAAAGGUCAGGGAUAAUUCCCUGGAGUCAAUUUCACAGACAAAAACCUCUGGGAUUCUGGGGUUAUCUUGCUAUUCUUCAGAUGAAGAGUUAUAAGUGAUAAAUAGAUGCUAGUUCAUGUUUGUGGCUUUAAAUGUUUAAUAUUUUGUAUUAAGUACUUUUGUUGCUAGAUGUAUAUAAAUAGUUUUUGUGAUAUUUAUCUGCAUUGUGAAUGGAGGUAUUGUAAAUAACUGAAUUACACAUUCUGUAAGUUAAUAUUGAUUCAGUAUGAAUUUACAUCAUAACAAAUAAAUAUUUAUAAAUAAUGCAUCAUUUUAAGACAUUGGCAGCUAAUGCUAGGAUAAAGUACGGUUUUAGAUGUUUUCACUGUUUUUCAACUGAACUGGUGGCAGCCAAUGCUGAAAUAACAUCACUUAACCUAUGACAUUGACAUCGUUAUAUUUGGAUCUUGCUUGUAGUGCAGACCCGAGCUGUAACACCGAGAAUUAAAAAAAAAUGAUGCU